AUGAGGCUCAUUGGCAAAAGAAGUUCUGAUGCAAGAACAUAUAAUUUACCAACAGUUUCUGAAGUUGCAGCUCUAAUAGUUGGUGAUUUAGAUCCAAUGUUAGGUCAAAGAGAUAUUUUGGUUGAGUCUAAAUGUGGAGAAUUGAAGCGUAUAAGUGAGCUAAAUCCACCUUAUCUACCCUUACAAUAUCCGAUUUUGUUCCCAUACGGUGAGGAUGGUUAUCGUGAAGAUAUACAAUUCACGGUAACAACUUCAAGCUCUACCAUGGGAAGGCAACGAAUAUCACAAAGAGAGUUUUUCGCUUUCCGUAUACAUGAAAGGAUAGAGGAGGUCAACACACUCCUGUUUUCCAAGAGACUACAACAACAGUUUUUGGUAGAUGCGUACACAAUGGUGGAAUCCAGUAGACUAACUUACAUCUGA